AUGUCCGCCGCCAUGAACUUUUCGGCCGCCAAUUUUGCUCUGGUAACCAAACAGCCCGCUGUUCCUAAAAUCUCUUCCAACUUCAACCAACCUUCAAGGGAGAAACCUGUUCAAAUAGCUUCCAGAUCUCCGUCGCCCACCCAUAAUUCGACUAGGGUUUUGACAGUUGCCAAUAACGCCAAUGAUGCGGUUCCUGUUGUUGAUGACCCCAAACCUUCCUACGCGGCAAUCAUGGGACAAAGAAAGAGUGAACCAGCGAUCCCUGCGCACAACUUUUCGGCUCUAAAACCUGAUACUCAGGGAGACAUCGCCUCCUUUUCCAUCCCUUUGACGUUAUAUCAAAAACAAGUUUCGGAAUUCUCACAUGCCAUCAUUGGAAGAGUGCUGCUCAAGAAAGGUGAAAAACCUAAACCUUGUGAGGUUUUGAAACAGGAACUACAUACGACUUGGCAAAUCCAGAACCCUUGGAGACUCAUCCCCAUGGGCAAAGGGUUCUUCACCAUGAAGUUUUCUGCGGCGGAGGACAAGGCCAGAGUUCGAAAGCAGGAAAUCUCGUCUCUAUGUCAUAUAUGGGUGAGAAUCUAUUACUUGCCAGUUGAAUGUUGGCACCCCGAAAUUAUUGUAGGCAUUGCGAGGUAUUUAGGUCUACCUAUCAAAAUUGAUAGUAGCUCUGCUAAAGGUGAGUUUGGCCACUAUGCUAGAGUUCUCGUGGAAGUUGACCUUGCUCUACCUCUGCAUGAAACUUUGUUAGUUCAUUGUGAUGAAGGCUCAUUUUACGUUGAAUUUAGUUAUGAGCAGCUCCCGUUAUUUUGCUCUAAAUGUCGCAUCACGGGACAUUCGUUGGAUAAAUGCAAAAAGGCCACUACUAAUCAGGAAAAGGGUAAAGCUUCUUCUGAGGGAAAGAUGGAAAACAAGAGUAAGGAAAAUGAGGUUCGGACACACCUUGUAUCUGAUGUUGUUAAGCCACAAUGGGUGGCAAAACACGACGAUAUUCUUACAGAUAAUCGUUUUCACAAACUGACUAUGGAGGAAACUGAUCCGAAAGUCUUGGUUAAUCUGGAUGAUGAGGAGGUGAAUAAAAUCGAAGAAAACUUGGAGAAGCAUCACGAAGAGCAAAUGGGCUCCGAUCUUUCAUCUUCGGAGGAGGAGGAUGUGGAAACUAUCUUUGAUGAGAAAGAGGAAAAUAAUAACAGAUUGGACAACAGUAGUCCUUUAUGUCUUUCGGCUGGUAACAAGAAAGGAGUUGAGGAUGCCGAAUGUAGGAGUCCGUCUACGAACGGGGACAAAAAUAUCUUGGAAAAAUCACGGGAAAUGACGGAAAGCACCUACCCCAAUCAGGAUGAGACAAGGAAGAAAUGUGACACUGGGAAUGGACAUCAGGAUCAUACCGAGAACUCGGGAGGAGACAACUUUUUACAAAUAAUUCGCAGCACUCCUUCUGGCAAGGAGACGGAGCAACAAAAAAAGCGAGGAAGACCACCAAAAAAUGAGAAAAGAAAACCAAUGAAUGAUAGUGGUAUAAAGGGGCGUCUUCGAAAAAAUGAUCAGAAGAUAAGCUCUCAAAUGAUGGACUACAUUAACCAGAAAUUAUCUUCGUCGAUUGCGGCAGGUCAUCAACCUCGAGACUAUACUAUCGUGAAUGCUGGGAAUCCGAGUGCGCGUUCGAUGCACAAUUUGGUUGUUGUGAAUUAUCGUUGGACGCGUUACAGGUUUUCGGUGGCGAUUGUUCAUGGUUCAAAUGAUUAUAUACAACGGCGUCAACUUUGGAAUGACAUCCUUAGCUUGAAUACGAAUCCUAUCAUUGUAGCUGGUGAUUUUAAUGCUGUUAAGGGCGCUCAUGAGCGUAGCAGUGACUGUCUUCCAAAUGCGGCGUCUUGUCAGGACUUUUGUGAGUUUAUCUCGAGCUCUAGAUUGAUUGAAUCUCCGACGGUGGGUCUCAAGUUUACGUGGUCUGGUCGGAAAUUCAUGCCUUCUCAUGUGGAGUCUCUUCUUGAUAGGGAUUUGGUGCGUCAAUCUUGGAUGAAGGAGGUUCAUACUCGCUGCCCCAUUUAUCUGGUAAUGGUUAAGCUUAAACGUUUGAGAGAGGAGCUAAAAACCUGGAAUAAGACGGUUUUUGGUAACGUUAAUAGCAUGAUCUCGGACGCCCAACAAGAGUUGUUGGAAAUUCAGAAUCAGAUUGCUACUUCUGGUUACACUUCGACGCUUUUUGAUCAAGAAGUUAAGCUGCAGGCUAAAGUCGGUUCGGCAUUGGCCAGAAAAAAUGCCUUGCUUCAGCAAAAGUGUAGAGUCAUUUGGCUCAAGACGGGGAUCGGAGACCCAGAAUAUGACCAGGAUCGUAUCAGCCAACAUAUUGUUGAGUAUUUUUCCACGCUGUUUGAAGAUGAGUCGCACGAUCAACUGGACUUUGGUUUGCUUGAGGCGGUUCUUGAUCCAGUCAUCACCAAUGACCAGAAUCAGAUGCUGGUACGUAUUCCCACUGAAGAAGAGAUCACGGCGGCGGUGUUUGGUCUGGAUUCGAAUAGCUCUUCAGGGCCCGAUGGGUUUCCAGGGAAAUUUUUUCAGAAUUGUUGGGCGAUUAUCAAAGGUGAUAUCUGGGAGGCUGAUGUUGUGAGCACUGUAGCAGAUCUUCGGCCUAUUGUGCUCUCCAACUUUUUCUUCAAAAUUAUCUCUAAGAUCUUGGCUAGUCGGUUAGGGGAGGUUGCCUCUGUUUCGGUCAGCCGUAACCAAUUUGGUUUUAUUAGUGGUAGGUCAAUCCAUGACUGUAUCACGUUAGGUUCUGAAGGUGUUAACUGUAUGAAGAGAACUAGUGGAGGUGUGAAUAUGGCUUGUAAAAUCGACAUCAAAAAAGCGUUUGACACUUUGAGAUGGGAUUUCUUGCUUUCGGUGCUUAAGGUGAGCGGUUAUGAUGGUACUUUUAUUCGCUGGAUUGAGAUCAUUUUGCAUUCUGCUCGCCUCUCUAUUCUUUAUAAUGGCCGCCUGCAUGGGUAUUUUUCCUGCUCUCGUGGUGUAAGGCAGGGAGACCCUUUAUCUCCUAUUCUCUUUGGGAUUGCCGAGGAUUUCCUCAGUGUUCUUUUCAAAAAUUGUGUCACCUCUAGUCAUCUCUCCCCUAUGGUCAUGAGCAGGGAAAAUCCUUUUCCGACUCAUUUGUUUUACGCAGAUGAUAUUUUAGUGUUUUGUAAGGCGUCGGUCCGUAAUGCUGAGACGAUUAAACACAUUUUGGAGUUUUACGGUUCCUUAUCUGGCCAGAUAUGUAGCUCUCAGAAAUCCUAUAUUUAUUUUUUGAAUAGGGUUACCACCCCUCUUCGUCGUGCUAUUGGUCAUAUUAUAAACUUCCCGAUUGGCAACUUCCCUUUUAUUUAUCUUGGUGUGCCGCUUUUCGUGGGCAAGGUUAGAGCCUCCUAUUUGAGAAGCAUCCAUGAUCGUAUUAUUAAUAAAUUCUCGACUUGGAGGGGUCGGCACCUUUCCAUGGCGGGUAGGAUUUGUCUUGUUAAAUCUGUGAUUCAGAGUUCUCUUACGCACUCUAUGAUGGUUUACCGAUGGCCUAAAUCUCUCAUCAAGGAGUUGGAUGGUUGUUGUCGCAACUUUAUUUGGACUGGAGAUACUAAAAAAGCGCCUUCGUGCCCGGUGGCUUGGGCUAGGGUCUGCGCUAUUAAAGAGGAAGGUGGUUUGGGUAUCCGUUCGUUCUCUUUGAUGAAUAAAUGCUUCCUCAUGAAACGAGCUUGGAAUAUUAUCGGGGGUCAGGAUUUUGGGAUGGAAAUCAUGAGAAAACGCUAUCUCACGAAGUUUGGGCAGGUGAAGCUGCUAACUGCGCCUUCCUCGGUUUGGAUUGGUUUGCGUCAGGAGAUUUCCCCGUUGAUUAAUGAUUCUUAUUGCUGUCUCGGGAACGGGGCUGAUACCAACUUCUGGACAGACGAUUGGAUUGGUUAUCAGAUCGCUCGAAAGUGUGGAGUGCCACAUUAUGCUAUGGAGUUUUUGAAUUACUCUGUGGCGGACUAUUUUUAUGACGGUAUUUGGCAUUUCACUAGCAGUUUUAUUGAGAAUUUUCUGAACGUUGUUUGUGAUAUUUUGUUGAUUCCCAUUGGUGAUGAUGAUGAUAUUAGGCUGUGGAAGCCGUCUCUUCAUGGGAAAGUCACCGCUGCCUUGGCUUUUGCUCAUCACUGUCAUCAUUUUCCUAAGGUGAGAUGGGGUUCUUGGCUUUGGGAAAGCUUUAUUCCUACUCGGCGUUCGUUGGUUGUUUGGCGUAUUUUACAUAAUAGACUCCCAACUGUUGAUAGACUUAUUAAACAGGGCAUGAUCACGCCGAAUGUUUGUCCUUUUUGUCUCUCUGAUGAGGAGACUAUCUCUCACAUUUUCUGGACUUGUGCUCGUGUUCGACCAAUCUGGCAGGAGUUACUUCAAUGGUUUAAUAUGUCUCAUAUGUUGCAUGAUCCAGAUAUUGGUAGUGUCCUGGUGGACUCUUGGCAGAGUGAUUUCAGUUCGCAAGUUGAAGCUUAUUGGAAGGCUGGGGUCAUUAAUCUUAUUUGGUUUCUUUGGAGACAAAGAAAUCUUUGUAUCUUUGAAGAUGACAGUUGGGAUUACAGGCAGACUAUCAAGUUCAUUAGAGUGUCUUUCCUUGAGAUUGAGCAGAAUUUCACUAAGAUUGGGCACAUGAAGAACACCUGGGAUGAUCUUCGUAUUUUGAGAAACAUUGGCAUUAAGGGGCGAGCGGCUCCUCCACCGGAUUUUAUCAACGUCUACUAG